AUGAGGGGACAGUCGAACGCCCAGCAAUUGCCGCCACAGAUUCCGCGAUCCCAGAAUUAUGCAAACAGAAAAACCUCGCCAUUGCCCGCAGCAACAUCGAAGCUAGCCAAUUUCAGCCAACAGGACACAAAACAGGAGCCACAGUCCGGCGAAUUUGAGGCAGCAGCUGUAAGCCAAUUGGUGGCAACAGUUGUGCAAACACCAACAUCAGCAGCAGCAGCAGCAGCAGCGGCGGCAGGAGCAACACCAGCAGGAGCAACACCCACAGGAGCAACAUCCGGAGGAGCAGCAUCGGGCGCUAAAUAUCCCAAGGCAAGCUCCUUGAGUCAGCAGCAACCACCACCACCACCGCCGCCGCCACCACCACCACCGCAGGAAACCGCAACAGCAGCUCAAUCAGCGGCAGCAGCAGCAGCAGCAACAACAAGUGUUGCCGGUACAACAGCAAUCGCAACAGCAACAGCAACAUCAGGACCGCCGCCAACAAAGAUAUUUAAGACGGAUCACCAUCUGUGCGCCGCCUACGGACUGCCGACCGCCACCGCCGCCGCUGCUGUUGGUGGGCAUCCUUGCGUCUACUGCGUGAUACCUGUGCCCGUGGUGAGUGUCCUUGCGGAGGUCCUUGAGUAG